GGAUCAUACUUUUGGAACCACUGGCAGACAAUUAUUAUCAUAUCUUUCGUACGUCGCCUUUUAUCUUUUGGUCAUUUUGACCUCUUGGUCAAAAACCGGUUCAAGAUCCAUUCAUGCUUUCCGGCCGGACUGGUACUGGUCCUCCGGCUACCGGCCAUCAUUUUUAUAAUCAAAGAUUCAGUCCAAGAUUUUGGAGCCACGCCCUUCAAAACCCAGAUAAAGUCAAUCCCAUUUCUAGUUUUUCUACCCAUCUCUGUGGCCUUUGUCCAACAAUAUUCUCCUAAAAUUUAAAAGUAACCUCAAAAAAACAUGGAAUCCAUCGGAAUUGCAGAAGAUGUAACCGAAUUAAUAGGAAACACUCCAAUGGUUUAUCUUAACAAGAUCGUGGAUGGUUGUGGUGCUCGUAUCGCUGCGAAGUUAGAAACCAUGGAACCCUGUUCGAGUGUAAAAGACAGAAUUGCACUUAGUAUGAUAAAAGACGCAGAAGAGAAGGGUCUGAUUACCCCUGGGAAGACUGUUCUUGUGGAGGCGACAAGUGGCAAUACAGGGAUAGGAUUGGCCUUCAUUGCAGCAACUCGAGGUUACAAACUUAUAAUAGCGAUGCCAUCAACAUACAGCAUCGAAAGAAGAAUUGUUAUGCGAGCUUUUGGAGCUGAAUUACGCAUCAUGGAUGCAUCCAAAGGCAUCCAGGAUUUUUUUCAAAAAGUGGAAGAAAUAGUAUUGAAAACACCCAAUAGCUACUUCCUUAAGCAAUUUGAAAACCCUGCAAACCCAAAGAUUCAUUAUGAAACAACGGGCCCGGAGAUAUGGGACGGGUCUAAAGGGAAAGUUGAUGCUUUUGUUUCCGGCGUAGGGACGGGUGGUACUGUGACGGGUGUCGGGAAGUUUCUUAAGGAGAAAAAUGUCAACAUAAAGGUAUAUGGUGUAGAGCCAGCUGAAAGUGCCGUUCUAAAUGGUGGAAAACCUGGACCUCAUAAGAUCCAAGGAAUUGGUGCUGGUGUUAUUCCUGAUGUUUUGGAUGUUAGUAUUCUUGAUGAAGUUAUAAUGAUAUCUAGUGAAGAAGCCAUUGAAACUGCUAAACUUCUUGCACUAAAAGAAGGUUUAUUGGUCGGAAUUUCAUCCGGGGCGGCAGCGGCGGCGGCAAUCAGAAUAGGGAAACGGCCGGAAUAUGCCGGAAAGCUCAUUGUUGUGAUUUUUCCGAGCUUUGGGGAGCGUUAUUUGUCGACGGUUUUGUUUGAUUCAGUGAGAGAAGAAGUAGAGAACAUGCCGGUUGAGUGAGUCAUUGUUAUCGUUUAAUUUGAUAAACGGAUUAAAAACUUAAAGAUUAUUGAUCAAUUCAUGAUGUUAUUAGUUUUUGUCAAAUUCUUAAUUUAACUUUUUUUAAGAA